CAAAGAGCCGGUCGAGGAGGCUUAGGAGCUAAGAGAGAUGGCCACCACCAAUUGUAGCCCACCCUUCCUAUUUCUUCUCUUCUUACCGCUACUCUUCCAGUUCAAUCUUGGAAAAGGCGAUGAUCUGCAGCUAAAUUACUACUCCCAGAGUUGCCCGAACGCAGAAGAGAUCAUCAAACAGGAAGUCACCAAGCUGUACGACAAACAUGGAAACACAGCCGUUUCAUGGAUUAGAAAUCUCUUCCAUGAUUGCAUGGUUAAGUUAACAGAAACUCAGAGUAUCCAGAUUGAAAUUAAUAACCAAUUUAGAAUUUGGGAUCCAAUUUUAAAUCAAGGAGCUCACUCAGUAGGUCGAGUUCACUGCAUUAAUCUCGUAGACAGACUCUACCCGACAGUCGACCCGACUUUGGAUCCGAACUACGCCGACUACCUAAAAGGUCGAUGCCCAACGCCAAAUCCUGACCCGCAGGGAGUGUUUUAUGCAAGGAACGACCGUGAAACACCCAUGAUACUUGAUAACAUGUACUACAAGAACCUGUUAGGCCACAAGGGCUUACUCACAGUGGAUCAACAAUUGGUUUCCGACCCAACAACAAAUCCUUACGUAGAAAACUUUGCUACUGAUAAUGGCUACUUCCACGACCAGUUCGCUAGGGCUGUGCUUUUGUUGUCGGAAAAUAACCCACUCACCGGAGAUCAAGGAGAAAUAAGAAAGGAUUGCCGCUAUGUGAAUAGGAAUUAA